AUGAAUUUGCUAUGCACAAAACUACCAAAACAUAAGUUAGUCCUAAACAAGAAAUCAAAAACAGCAAACUGGACUACUGCUACGAGAGAAUCGGAAAUAAGUGAUCACGAUAGAAGAAUUCUAAAAAAGAUUAAUCGACUUGACGGUGAAACUAGUUGUAGUAACAAUCUGGAGCGGACAUCGGUUCGUAGUAUCAUUGCUGGAUAUCAGCAAAGACAACUUUCAUCAAAACCGUCGUAUACUGCACAAGGAUUAUCUCCUGGAAAUUUGGUAGUUUUACGUGGAAAAGAAGAUAUUAGCAGCCAAAUAUCAUUAGAAUCAGAAGUUGUUGAGAGUAAAGUGCACACCGACAUUUUGCCUGUUGAAUCGAACGAAUUUCAGAAAGUUUUACCAAAAACAAACGAUAUGAUGGAGUCGAGGAAGCCAAUGGCGGCUCCACCUGCACCACCGCUACCACCAAUUCCAACUCAUUUGAAAAAUUCCCAGCUUAAGUUACUAAAUGGUGAUAGUGGAUCUUCACCGAUAUCAUCAAGUUUUUCCAAUGGCAUCCACAAGAGGACAUUAACAACUAUAACUUCAGCUUCAGGUUCAACUCAAGAUUCUAGCAAGCAUGAAACAACGGAUGCAAAGUUCGUCCCAAAAGGCAUGAUUUCUCAAAAAUUUAAUGUAUCUGGAAGUACCACAGAGGAAUUUCGGACACUGAAAUUGAAUGGGCAUGUUGGAUUUGAUUCGCUUCCGCAUCAGUUGGUUCGGAAAUGCACUGAACGAGGGUUUCAAUUCAAUCUGAUGUGUGUUGGUGAAACAGGCAUGGGUAAAACAACACUGAUCGAAUCUCUGUUCAAUAUGAAACUUGAAUUUCAUCCUUGUAAUAAUGAACUUAAGACUGUAGAACUACUUUCCAGGACUUAUGAUGUUGUGGAAGGUGGAAUUAGGCUCAAGUUGACCAUUGUUGAAACAGCUGGAUUUGGUGACCAGCUUGAUAAAGAUAAAAGCGCUCAAGUAAUCGUUGAUUUUAUUAAUGAACAAUUCGAAAAAUAUUUAAAAGAAGAGUUGAAAAUCAAACGUUGUUUGGAUUAUUACGAUGAUACACGUAUCCACGCUUGUCUUUACUUCAUAUCACCUACAGGACAUGGACUCAAAGCACUCGAUGUCGUAACACUGCAACGGCUUGCAGAACGGGUCAAUGUCAUACCCGUGAUUGCAAAAGCUGAUACCACCUGCAAAGAUGAACUUAUAAGAUUCAAAAGCAAAAUUUUAAGUGAGUUACGAAGUCACAAUAUUCCCAUCUAUCAGUUUCCGACUGACGACGAGACGGUACGAGCAAUAAAUACGGAAUUAAAUCAGCUUGUGCCAUAUGCUGUUGUGGGCAGUACUGAUUUUGUUAAAAAAGAGAACGGUAAGAUGGUUCGAGCACGUCGUUAUCCUUGGGGAAUGGUUGAAGUCGAAAAUGAGGAACACUGCGAUUUUGUCAAAUUACGUGAGGCAGUAUUGCGCACGAACGUGGAUGCAUUGCGUGAGCGGACACAUAGAGUACUGUAUGAAGCAUAUCGUCGUGAACGUUUACGUGCAAUGAAGUUUGGUGAUGGUGAUACAGGACCUAAAAUGAUGGAAGCUUUCGCACAGAAGCAGCGUGAAUUCAUUGAUGAAAUGGCAAAUAGAGAUACUGUUUUCCGUGAUGAAUUCGCUACACGUGUCAAGAAGAAGGAAGAAGAAAUGAAAAGAAGGGAAGAAUUGCUAAAUUUACGAGCCAAAAAGAUUAGCGAGAAUUUUGAAGAAGAAUUACGACGUAUCGAAUCACAAAUGCAUACAUUAUUGGAAGAAAAAGCGAAAUAUGAAUUGAAAACAGCUGGGAAAAAAGCGAAGAAGUAA